CAGCAACGUUGUCAGAUUUCAAAGUUAACCUUCACAUAUUGACAACGUUAUCAAAAAAGUGGGGCAUUUGAAAACAAAAUCAAAUGAGUGAUGUGGCUGGUUAUUCCUAUUAAAUAUUUGUAAUAUUCCUCAUUUAUUCAAAACAAAAUGUCUCAGAAGCAGAGCAAAAUAAAUGUAAAAGAACGAUUUUCCGAUGGAGAAAUCGACUUGAGCAUGUCAGAUUUGGACGAAGUUCCCGUAAAAGAAAUCGCUUCACUGAAAAAAACCCACAGCUUAGACCUAUCAAACAACAGACUAACUUCCUUACCGAAUAACUUCACCAUAAUAACAUUCUUAACCAAGCUAGAUUUGAGCAAAAACGAACUAACCGAACUCCCAGAGGACUUUGGAAAACUCUCCAAACUCAAAUAUCUAGACUUAUACAAAAAUAGCUUAGAAAGAUUGCCCCUAAGCUUUGGCCAAUUAAACAAUUUGAAAUUUUUGGAUUUGAAAGACAACCCUUUAAUCCCAACUAUCGCGAAAGUAGCAGGGCCUUGUGUGGACACGAAAGGUUGCCAACAGUGCGCCAGAGACGUGGUCAAGUUUUUCAGGCAGCUUCAAGAAGAAGUAGACAGCGAAGUUGAAAUGAGAAAGAAAGCUAGACAGAAGCAACUGGAAGUGAAUCAACAAAAAAAGCAAGAAGAGAAAAAGAAAUUGAAAAAGGAAAAUAAGCAAAUUAAAAUCAAUAAUAAAGAAGUUGCUCAGGCUAAUAUUAUCAAUGGUAAUAUGAAGAAGAAAAAUAAAAAAGAGCAAAAGAAAAGUAACAAGCCACAACUUCAAAGCAACUUUAGCUUAAUUAAAACAUUUAUGUAUUUAUUUAUUUUGUCGCUCAUAAUUGUAUGGUUUAUGUUUGCCCUAAAUUCACCACUAACAAGCAGUGCAGUGCCUCAAAUAAGCUACUAUUUUGAUACGUUUUUAAACAAACUUCCUACUGAUUAUAGGCAAUAUGGGGAAACUUUUGCAAACAAAAUUGUAAUGUUGCAAAAUAAUACAAGGCAUUACACUGAGGUGGUGUAUAACAGUGAAACUGUUAGAAAUGUUUUUGGUAAAAUUAAUCAAAUUGUAGAGGAUGUUUUAAGUAAAAAGUAAAUUUAUUA